CGCCGCGCACGUGUUGAUGCGCCGUCACGGCAUGGCGUUUGUGGCGUUGAGUGCUUUACUUCUUCCUCUCAUCAAAGACUCUGCUGCUUGCAUAUAUUCUACUCAGACCAAGGACAGCCCAUUUAGCGACCUCAAAGAUGUCAAGCGCACUUCCCCCCUUAUCCCUAUCCAUCCUUGGCGUCGAGCCGAUAGACGAAUUCAUCCUCGAGAUCGCGGACUUCAUCCACCACACAAUAAUGACGCGUCCGAGCGACCACGAUCUGGGUGCGCGUCACAGGCAGCAGAAUUGAGGUGGAAGCGAAGAUAGGCGUAAUCAAAGAGAGAGGGAUGGACAUGCGCUUGCGUUUGCCUGUGCUGGUCGAAACAGUCUUAGACCCUGGGGCACUUGCCGUCCACUUCGAGUCCAACAUGUCGAUGAAACAACAUCAGCACUUCAACCAUCAGCUCAACAAAUUGCAUGCCUUGUCGAACGAGCCUGGACAUCCCUCUUCACCCGUCGGCUACGCGCACCAUUACCUCGUCGAUUCGUUCUAUGGCAAUGACAGGGACGCCAAAAUACGCGUCACCCGAGACGAGAAAGCCGACAACAGAGUCGUCGAAUGUGUGCGCAAGAUCAAGCUCGCCAAUCUUGAGAUAUACUGCCCGAAGUGGCCAGUGGACUGGCGUGUCACGGUCAGCCUUGAAUGUCCAGUCCCUCUCCCCGACGAGCCCGCAGUUCACACCCGACGGAAGGACCGCCUAAGCUACAAGCACGAGGAGUUCUCUGUCGACCUUACACAAGUUCACGCUACCGAAGGCGGUGCAACCAAACUCUGUCACGAGCUCGAGCUCGAAAUCCUCCGGCCCGAACUCAUCAUGUCGCUCGCCGCCAAGCGCGGGGACCCGAAAGCGAGCGAGGUCGAGCGGAGCGGGUUCAACGAGCUCAUACGGGUGUUCGUGAACAAUGCGCGAAUUUUGGUGAAGAACGCGUGUGAGCCUUGAUAAGGAGGGCAGUUUUGGCAACUUAGCGCGAUGUGGCAUCUUCUGCCCUUGUAGACGACAUUAGGGGAUGCCAUUAAAAGGUUCAACAGUAUGAACUCCAUAAGGAACAUA